AUGGAGGCUUUGGUGGACUUAAAUCCUGCAGUAACACCUGAGAUGAAUUCCCAAUUAACAAAGGCUUGUUCUUAUGAUGGGGUAAAAUGUGCUUUAUUUGAAAUGGAUCCACUGAGCUCUCCAGGACCUGAUGGAUUCUCUGCUGGCUUUUAUCAGGACCACUGGGAAGUAGUUGGUGAUGGUGUGGUGGAGGUUGUUAAAGAGAUAUUCAACUCCAUGAGAGGACUACAUGAGAUCAAUGAAACCUUUAUAGUUCUGAUUCCAAAAAAGAGAAAGCCCACCCUGAGUGCCUUCGUCCCAGGGCGUUUUAUCUCUAAUAACAUCAUUGUUGCUUAUGAAGCAAUGCACUCAAUGAAAAAUAGAGCAAGAAUGAGGGGGUACAUGGCAAUGAAAUUGGACAUGAGCAAGGCAAUGAAAUUGGACAUGAGCAAAGCAUAUGAUAGAAUAAAGUGGCCUAUCUUGGAAGCUAUGUUACUUAAAAUGGGCUUUGAUAAGGAGUGGACAGAUUUGAUAAUGCAGUGUGUCUCUUCAGUGAAAUACUCUUUGCUAUUCAAUGAGAUGUUGGAUAAAGCUGAGAGAAAGUGCCAUAUAUCUGGUUAUCCAUUUGCAAGAGGAUCAUUGAUGUUUAACCAUCUCUUCUUCGUAGAUGAUAGCUUGCUUUUCUACAAAGCUAAUGCUCUUGAGUGGAGUAGAUUGUUCAGAAUUCUCAAGACUUAUGAGGAAGCCUCUGGUCAAAGAUUGAACCUAGAGAAAUCAGCAAUUUUUUUUCAGCAAGAACACAUCAGCUAA